CGAUAAACCGACCCGAUCUACUCCCACCGACCCGGUCCAAUCACCCCUUCCUGACCUAACCAGAUUCUUUCUUCCAAAUCUUGAUUCUUCAUCCCCUUCAUCACCGCAUAGCUCCUCUCGAAGUUCUUCAAAUCACCGACCCAUAUAUCCAAGCCAUCCCUCAAGAUCCUUCAUGGCAGAUUCCGAUUAUACACGAUCCUCCGCUUCUGCCAUUGACAUGAACCACCCUUUAUAUCUUCAUCCUUCAAACACCCAAGCCGCAACUUUAGUCCCUCAACCACUUAUCGGCAGCACCAAUUACAGCGUUUGGAGCCAUGCCAUCCGAAUGGCACUUAGAGCAAAAAAUAAAAUCGGCCUUAUCGAUGGAUCUUGCAAGAAAGAGUUACAAAUCGAGGGUUUUCAAGGCCAAUGGGAGCAAUGCUGUCGUACUAUCUUGGUUAAUCAACUCGAUCUCCAAGGAAAUAGCGGCCAGUAUAACAUUUUCCGAAAGCACUCAAGAUGUUUGGAACGACCUCCGCGAACGAUUCGACAUAACCGACGGAACUAAAGUAUAUAGCCUUCAUCGGUUUAUUAAUACACUUACCCAGGGAGGUACGAGCGUUUCCAGUUAUUUUACUCGAUUGAAAGAAUUAUGGGAAGAAUUCUCCACUAUCGUCCCUUUGCUCGCCUGCAAAUGCCCAUCCUCGGUUGAAUAUGCGAAGCAUGUUCAGCAGCAAAAAUUAUUUCAAUUCCUCAUGGGCCUUAACGAUUCCUACCAAUCCAUCAAAAGUCAGAUUCUCCUCAUGAGCCCACUACCCUCGGUCAACCAAGCAGACCCAAUUAUCUCUCAAGAGGAAGCUCAACGGUCGAUCUCAUCAUUUCCCUUACCAACAGCAGACUACUCUGCUUCCACUACUACUAGAGGUCAUGGAAGGAUUGGAAGAGGAAGAGGGAGAAACAACUCAUCUGAAGAGUGUUCUUAUUGCCAUCGUAGAGGCCACACAAGGGACAACUGCUUUCAUAUUAUCGGGUUCCCUUCUAAUCCUCAAGUAGGCAGGGGAUGAGGCAGUGCCUUUAGUUGAGUAAAUCAUAUUGAUGGAUCAAGUCUCCAUAACUCUUCCAAAUCACAAUCCGAAUCCUCAUCUGAACGCCAACUUCUAUCGCUAAAAGAGUAUGAGAAAAUAAUCGAGAACCUAAAGAAAGAAAUUCAGGCCCUCUCAACUAAAUCUCUUUCAAUGGGAGGAAUGACCACCAAUGACUCGAGAAGAAACUCAGUAAAGCUGCAAUUCAAAUUGCCUCUAACCCUGUUUACCAUGAAAGAAGAAAGCAUAUUGAGAUCGAUUGUCAUUUUGUGCGAGAAAAACUUCAAAAUGGAUUAAUUAGCUUGAAUCAUGUGAUGACUGGAGACUAGCAAGCAGACAUCUUAACCAAAGCUCUUGGUCGAAAGGCACAUGAGCGCAUGAUCAGCAAGUUAGGUUUCUUCAAUCUAUUCAGAACUAACUUGAGGGGGAGUGUUGAAAAUUAGUCUGUAAUGUGUAUAUUUGGGCCUUGUGUAUUGGGCUCAGUUAGUGCAUGUGUGUAUGUAGCAGUGCCACUGAAGCUGGUAUUUCUUGUUUCUUUAUUCUUGUUUCUUUCUGGAUAUUUAAAGGCUGGUACAGCACGUUUGUAAUCACCCAACAAAAUGAAAUAAACUCCAAAAGUUCCAAAUGUCAA